AUGAAGUUUAUUCUUGCUCUUCGGGAGGCAUCGCUAGAUGAUGGGAUUGGACUCACAGGGGAUGCACUCGAACGUUUGCGAAACCCACCAAGACGUCAACCAGAGUUUGGUAGUGCUGACAUCGAGUAUGGUGUCUCCCUUUUUCUCGCCCUCGAGCACUCAUCAGAAGAUGCUUUUCAUAAGACUCGUGCUGCUACUCUCGCGCGACAUCCCGAGGAUGAUAUACCAAGUCUACACCGGGUGAAAAAAAUCAUCAGCGACCUCUCGGGAGUGACAUCUAUUAUCAAGGAUAUGUGCAUCGACUCCUGCGUGGCCUUUGUCGGUCCGUACGCUGAGCUUGACGAAUGUCCGAUGUGUCAGAAGCCACGAUAUGACCCCAUUAAGCUUCAGCUGAGUGGAGGCCGAGUCAAGCAGCCUCAGCAGGUAUUCCAUACCUUCCCUAUUGGCCCACAGCUUCAGGCUCUCUGGCAGCAUCCUGAUAGUGCUCGUCAGAUGCACUACCGCCGUCGCCGCACGCAGGAGAUAAUUGAGCAGUUG